AUGGCCAUCACCACUGCAGUAUCGGACUUCUUCGCGUCCAUCUACGAGCUUGUGUCCUCCGUCUUUGGCGCAGCCUACUCUGUUGUGCACAGUGUGUUCCUCGCCACGUACAACUUUGUCGUCGGCAUCUUGUCGCUUGUUGGCGACGUCUUGGGCGGAUUCGUCGACAUCAGCACCGGGGUCGGAAAGUUCAUUGUUGGAAACAUUGUCAUCCUGUCCGUCGGUGCCCUGGUCGCUUUCUUGUACAUGCGCAACACAACUCAGGGGCAGAAGCUGGCGCAGAAGAAGACCAGCUAA